UGGCUCCUGGUCCUGACCUGUGUGCUCUCCAUGGGAGGACACGUCACAGAGGGACAGAGAGAUGGAGAAAUCAUCAGUCAGAUUAAAUUGACAAACAUUGCGCUGGCUGAGAUCAAACAGCUUCUGAAACAACAGAUUAAAGAGAUCGUUUUCCUGAAGAACACAGUGAUGGAGUGUGAAGCCUGUGGGAUGGGAGGAAUGCAGCCUCGUCCCUCCUGUGUCCCCAACCCCUGCCACCCGGGGGUGACUUGCAUGGAGACACCUCAGGGUCCACAGUGUGGACCCUGUCCUGACGGCAUGGACGGUAACGGGACCCACUGCUCGGACGUGGACGAGUGUACAGUGAUGCCGUGUCACAUGGGUGUGCGCUGCAUCAACACCUCCCCGGGCUUCCGCUGUGGCUCCUGUCUCGCUGGAUACACUGGGCCCCAGGUGCAGGGCGUCGGCUUAGCAUAUGCCACCGCCAACAAGCAGGUGUGCAAGGACAUCAACGAGUGUGAGGACCCCAACAAUCGAGGCUGUGUGGAAAACUCAGUCUGCAUGAACACACCUGGCUCGUUCAGGUGCGGCCCCUGUAAGACGGGCUACAUCGGCGAUCAGCGACGUGGCUGCAAGCCUGAAAGAGCCUGUGGGAACGGCCAGCCCAACCCCUGCCACGCCAGCGCCGAGUGCAUCGUUCAUCGAGAGGGAAAGAUCGAGUGUCAGUGCGGAGUUGGAUGGGCUGGUAACGGCUACCUCUGUGGCCCUGACAUCGACAUUGAUGGUUUCCCCGAUGAGAAACUGGAGUGUCCUGAGAAGAACUGUAACAAGGAUAAUUGUCUCACUGUUCCCAACUCUGGUCAAGAAGAUGCAGACGGCGACGGAAUGGGAGACGCCUGCGACGAGGACGCAGACGGAGACGGGAUCCUCAACAUGCAGGAUAACUGUGUGUUGGUGCCCAACGUGGAUCAGAGGAACGUCGAUGAGGACGACUUCGGCGACGCCUGUGACAACUGCCGUGCUGUGAAAAACAACGACCAAAAAGACACAGAUGUGGACAAAUUUGGUGACGAGUGUGAUGAAGAUAUUGAUGGCGAUGGAAUCCUCAAUCACCAGGAUAACUGCAAACGUGUUCCCAACGCCGACCAGAAAGAUCGAGAUGGAGACAAAGUGGGAGACGCCUGCGACAGUUGUCCUUAUGUUCCCAACCCCGACCAGAGUGACGCAGAUAAUGAUUUGAUCGGAGACCCCUGCGACACCAACAAGGACAGUGACGGCGACGGCCACCAGGACUCCCGGGACAACUGCCCAGCUGUCAUCAACAGCUCUCAGCUGGACACGGACAAAGACGGAAAGGGAGACGAGUGUGACGACGAUGACGACAACGACGGAAUCCCCGACCUGCUGCCCCCCGGGCCCGACAACUGCCGCCUGAUCCCCAACCCUCUGCAGGAGGACUCCGACGGCAACGGUGUGGGUAACAUAUGUGAAAGGGAUUUCGACAACGACACCAUUAUCGACACCAUCGAUGUUUGCCCAGAAAACGCUGAGGUCACCCUCACCGACUUCAGAGAGUACCAGACCGUGGUUUUAGAUCCAGAGGGAGACGCACAGAUCGACCCCAACUGGGUGGUGCUGAACCAGGGACAAGAGAUCGUCCAGACGAUGAACAGUGAUCCUGGGUUGGCUGUUGGUUACACUGCGUUCAGCGGUGUGGACUUUGAGGGGACAUUUCAUGUAAACACGGUCACAGACGACGACUACGCAGGAUUUAUCUUCGGCUACCAGGACAGCUCCAGUUUCUACGUGGUGAUGUGGAAGCAGGUGGAGCAGAUCUAUUGGCAGGCGAACCCGUUCAGAGCUGUGGCAGAACCCGGCAUCCAAUUGAAGGCAGUGAAGUCAAACACGGGUCCAGGAGAGAACCUGAGGAACGCCCUGUGGCACACCGGUGACACCAGCGACCAGGUCAAGCUCCUGUGGAAAGAUGCUCGGAACGUCGGCUGGAAGGACAAGACCUCGUACCGCUGGUUCCUGCAGCACCGGCCCGCUGACGGAUACAUCAGAGUUCGCUUCUACGAGGGUCCUCAGAUGGUGGCGGACACAGGCGUCAUCAUCGACACCACGAUGAGAGGAGGCCGACUCGGGGUCUUCUGCUUCUCGCAGGAGAACAUCAUCUGGGCCAACCUGCGUUAUCGCUGCAACGAUACUCUUCCCGAGGACUUUGACACCUACAGAGCUCAGCAGGUCCAGCUGGUGGGCUGA